UGACAUGGCAAAAAUUUUUGUCUAAUAGAUACAAACAUUUAAAAUAUUGACUUGUUCGGCGUAUCACUGGGAUUAAGGACGAGACAAGACAAACCCAAUUUAUGGAAUUUAGAUUGAUGGGCUUCUAAGGGGCAUUACCGACUCUUUAUCCUUUGUUUUUGGUUUUUUAACGAAACGCCACGUUUUGGUUCAUCAUUCUAGUCGGUUUUGUUAGAGGAACUAAUUCCCAAACACUCUUUAUAAAAGGAGAAAAAUUAAAUUCCCAAACAGUCCCUUCGCUUCAAUCAUUCACCAAAUUCGAAAGCCAAACAAGUGAAAAGAAAAUUUUAGCUAAUCUACAAACUGGGGGAGUGAGAAACUCCGCUUUUAAAACAAAUAUCUUCAAAUUCCUAAUAAGAAGAAAUCAAUGUAUUUUUUUAUGCAUUUAUAUUUACUCAAUACAAAAUAAGGGCGAGGGGGUUUUUGAUUUUUUUUCUUUUUUUUUCCCUUAUGCUAAGCUAGAAUUUUUUUUCUUAGUUUUAAAGUCCUCAGGAAGGGCAGUUUUUCUUUCUUAGUUUUUGAUUUCGUCGGCUCUUUCUCUCGUGAUUUAUAAAGAUUAGGGUUAGGGUUAGGGUUAGGGUUAGGUUUUUUAAUUGGCUGAUAGAGAUGUAUGCUGAUCGAGUGGAUGAGGGUUCUGGCAAAAGGUCGGUAAAGGAGAGACUCAAUGGCAACUCCUCCGACAACUCUAUUUGGCGGCGUCAAGUCACUGGCAAGAGGCAGAGGCAAGAUGAAAAGUGGGAACAUGAUCUUUACCAAGACGAUGUACCUCAAGUUUCAAAUCGUAAAGUCGAUGCUCGAGAUCUUCGUUUGAAGCUCCAAAGGAAAAGUCUCCAACAUGUGGCUCAAAGUGGAAGGGGAACUCUCUCAAGUGUACAUGAUCUUCGUGAAAAAUUAUCUGGAACAAUGAAUACACAGCCAAUAAAUGUUGAUCCAUCAAAACUGAAAGUGGAAGUUGCCAAACCAGCCAGGAAAAGUGUUGCAGUUGAAACUCCUGAACCAGAGCCCAAAAGGGUUGCACAUACAACAGCAAGAAUGAAGUCUCAGCAAAAGGCUGAUACAUCAGUUGAGGGCUUCCUCCAGUCUUUGGGUCUUGAAAAAUAUGCAAUUACUUUUCAAGCAGAGGAAGUUGAUAUGACUGCUCUUGUACACAUGACUGAUGAGGAUCUGAAAACUUUAGGCAUACCAAUGAUAAUUAAUGAUGAAAGCAGUCUUAGAAAAUCCUUUUAUCAAGGAAGUGUUUGGGUUUACUUCCAGGGCCCGAGAAAGAAGAUAAUUCUCGCGAUGGAAUCUAGAGGCUGAUAUUUGGAGUUUUAGCAAGUGGUUGUUGAGGGCUUGUGUUUUGGCUGAUAAGACCUUGCAUGUAGCAAUUGGUUUUGGUAUUUAUUUUUUCUCAGCAUUAUUGACAAAAAUAUAGCUUCGUCAGCUUGUUAUUGAAAUCAAAGGAUGGAGUUUUGUUAGAUUACAAGUGGGUGGGAGUUCCUUUUUUCUUUUUUUUUUUCAUUAGUGGCUUCAGUUAGAAACUUUAAAGAAAUGUAUGUGCCGCAUUGUCUUAAUAUUUUAGGAAGCUUUCUGAAAUCUAAAUCAGUGUAAAGGGUGAUUUUGAGCUGAAAUAAUGUGUCACGUAA